ACCCGCCAAGCAACCAUUCACACACGAAAACCUCGAGGGACAACAGCCAGCUCCGGGUCGGGAAUCGCAAUGUGUGACAGGCUCACUCCGUCUGGCGCCCCCGAACUGCCUCUAGGUAGGUCUGCAGAUGAUAAUCCACUUUUACGUCUGAUGCCUCCGCCCUAGUGUAGUAGCUAGUCUUCUGAGUCCCGACCACCCCUCCUCCAGCGGUACACUACAUAGAGGUACCCUAUCCCCACUUCGUCCUGUCCCAUCUCGAGCUCUGUUUCCAACUUCCACUCCAACAACAACAACAUCAUCAUCACAACUUUGCCAUCUGCUUCUGCUUCCAGCAACCCCCUAGAUACCCCCUUUUUUAGUACUACCAAACCAACAAAUCGCCCAAAAUGGCUCGCAAGUUCUUCGUCGGCGGCAACUUCAAGAUGAACGGGACCCGUAAGGAUCUCAAGGCCAUCGUUGACAACCUUAACAACGCCCAAUUGGACCCUAACGCCGAGGUCGUGAUCGCCCCUCCCGCUCUCUACCUUGACUUCGUCAAGCAGAACCUCCAGAAGCCCAACGUUGAGGUUGCCGCUCAGAACGUCUUCAACAAGCCCAACGGCGCCUUCACCGGCGAGAUCAGCGCCACGCAGCUCCUGGAUCUCGGCGUCAAGUGGGUCAUUCUCGGCCACUCUGAGCGCCGCAACGAGCUCGGCGAGUCGGACGAGUUCAUUGCCUCCAAGACCAAGUACGCCCUCGACAACGGCAUCUCGGUCAUCUGGUGCUGCGGCGAGUCCAAGGACACGCGCCAGGCCGGCGAGACCAUCAAGUUCGUCGAGAACCAGCUCGCCGCUCUCGCCAAGGAGAUCAACGACUGGAAGAACGUCGUUAUCGCGUACGAGCCCAUCUGGGCCAUUGGCACCGGCCUCGUCGCCACCAAGGAGCAGGCCCAGGAGGUGCACGCCGCCAUCCGCAGCUGGCUCAAGCAGAACGUCAGCGACAAGGUUGCUGAGGAGACCCGCAUCCUCUACGGUGGCUCUGUCAACGCCAAGAACUGCAAGGACCUUGCCAAGGAGCAGGACAUUGACGGUUUCCUUGUUGGCGGUGCCAGCUUGAAGCCCGAGUUCGUGGACAUCAUCAACGCCAACCUGUAAAUUACUUGCCCAUAAAAAGUUAUAGCUUUGCUACAGCCGCAAUCAUAUAGGCUGGGAAAUGGUGUUGAGGACACGGCGAAAAUAUAAAAUAGUUAAAUGUCCUGAUUUUGUUCGAUUUGGGAUUGAAGAACGUAGUUUCGCUUCAUGUAGCCCGUUCAUGACUUCUGUGACACCAGAUACCGCAACUCCGCGGCUCCUCCAUUCGCUCUUAGAUGUUCAUCCCAAGUUCCAAUAUCAACAGUCAACCACCAAGCACCAGAAGAUAAUGUCAGAUUCUUUGGAACUGGGGCAACUCAUCAUGGGAACUCGAUAGCUCUGGAAGGACUUGAUCACAACCAUAUAGCCAAACCGAAACCCUUGAUACA